AUGUCGUCAAAUCCAUUGGAAAAAUAUGAAAGAUUACUUACAAAGGAGCCACAGGUCAAUGAUAUAUAUGUGAUUGUUGAUAUUAAAUGGUUAGAACAUUGGAAGCGCUAUGUUGGUAUCGAAAAAUCAGAUGAAGAAAAAGUCACUAAACCAGGUCCAAUAGACUUUAUACAGUUAAUGGAUCAAACAACACUGGAUAGUUCAAAUGAAAUACAACUUCGUUCAGAUGCUAUCGAAGGAAAUGAUUAUACCUUCAUUCCAUAUGAACUCUAUAAAGACUUAGCACAGACAUAUAAACAAAAUGGUCCCGAAAUAAUUCGUAAAGCAAUUCCACAAGGUCAAGAUCAAAUUGUAAUUGAAACAUUUCUUAUACCAUUAAGACUUCGUGAAUCAAGAUGUUUGAAUGCGAGAACAAAACAAAUCUAUCGUAGUCAUCGAACUAGAAUAGAAGAAUUAAAAAAUGAUAUUUGCAAUGAACAUAGUAUUGCACCAAGUUCAACCCAUCAUUUAUAUUCAUCAGAGGAUGAAAACGGUUUAAAUUGG